AUGACAUCUUCCGCCGUUUGCGCCUUGUGCCCGGCCCCCGCAACCGUGCACUGCCCCGCGGACAGCGCUAAUCUCUGCGCGUCGUGCGAUCUCGCCGUGCACAGCGCCAACACCAUCGUGCACAGACACGUGCGCACCGUCCUCUGCCACUGCUGCGCCGCGCCCACGACCGUGCAGAUCUGCGGCCUCCCCGCAUCCACCGCCGCCACUCCCCCUUGCCUCUGCGCCUCCUGCAUGCUGCCUCUGCUCUGUCCCUCCGCGGGAUUCCUCGCAACGAACACCGGUAACCUGGUUACCAGCGUGCAGACGACUGGGCCGUGCCCGCACAGUUUAGCGGCGGCUACGGAUAGCCUUCUGCCUGAAGGGCUGACUUCCGGGUCUGAGCAGCUUCUGCAGGGGUUCUUAAACGCUAGCUCAACUUUUUCCCUCGGAAACUCCGCUGCUGCGCCGCCCCUCAUGACACAUCUGCCGCGCCCGGCGGCCCGCCGGGGGUUCGUGGCGGGUGUGACGGGUGUCCAGGGUGGGCUUGUCCAGGCGGCGACUGCGACGCAGCUUGACGAUAACUCCCCAGUUAGCGUCCUCACGACGGAGUCUGACGGUUUCCGCUCGACGGAUUUCGUCAACCAGCAACCGCGAGAGAAGAGGCCCCAGGAAGGGCUGUUCAGUGUACCGUCCCAAGACGUGCUGCACGAAUCGUCUCGACCAGAGGGCUUGAUUCGACGAGAGGAGCAGGGGCAGCAGUCGUGGCAGGAGCAGGAGCAGCAGCAGCAGCAGCAGCGGCAGGAGCGUGAACACAGCCCGCUCACCCUGUCUCUCUUCCCCCUCUCCGCCGACGAAGGGGUUUCCGCCUGGGGGAUGGCGCGCAGAAUUCACACUGAUGCAACGGACGAUACUAGCAAGUCCCGCGGAUCGUGCUGUGCUGUUCCGCCGCUCAUUCCGGUCGACGAGCCCCAGAGCAAGCGCCAGCGGGUGCAGGGAGCGAGUGGCGUCGACGCGUCGCUGGCAGCGUCGGCGUUUCUCCCCUUCGUAAGCGAGCAUGGCACCCAGGUGAAGCAAUUUGAUAUUGCAGCUACGACCGCUGGGGCAGGUCUAGGAAAGAGGCCAUAUGAGGCGUACGAGAAACAGCAAUUUUCGUCAGCUGCGGCGGCAGAGGCGGCGGUAGCGGCGCCAGGUGCGGAGCCUGCGCGGGGAAAGCUCGGCAAGACUGCUUCCGCGCGGCUGCGACACGUGCUGCUGACGUGGCAGUCACGACUCGGCCUCCAGGUACCCACGGUUCGCGCAUUGGCAUUCCACAUGCUUCAGCGGGUGCUGCUGCGGCUACAGCCGACGGAUAUGGCGGCGGAGUCGCUGCGCGUGCUGCUGGCCGCGUGUCUGUGGGUCGCGGCUAAGAACGAGGAGAAUCAGAAGAGUGUACCGAAAGCGAAAGCGGUUGCUGCUGUAGCGAAGGUGCCUGUAUCGCGUCUGGCUGCGUGUGAGAUUGAAGUGCUGAAGAUGCUGGAUUGGCAGCCGCAGAAGGGGUUCAACAGCGAGACUCACGGAUUUUGA